CCCGGGCGCGGGCUUGGGGCUGGGUCGGAAAAGCUGCCUCACGGGCACACUCGCCGGCCCCUCCGCUCCCUCCUCCCCCUCCUUACCAGAGUUCGCUGCCCGCCCCGAGCCUCCCUUCAGUCCCUGCUGAGCCUUCCCGGAGGCUGCGCCUGCAGCGGCCUCGCCAUGUCCCAGCCGCGCCAGAAGCCCGCUGCCUCUCCGAGGCCUCGGCGCGCCGCGGCAGCCCGCCACACCCAGGAGCAUGUCAAUGAAAAAACCAGUGGAUCACCUUCCAAACCAGGAGGAAAGAAAGGAUCAGAUGAGGAAAAAGCAGCAAACCUUGGGAGCAGUCAGCCCUCUAGAAGCCAUGCUGGUGGGAAAACCCUGGCCACAAAGGUGUCAACUUCCUCUGGUACAACCAGCAAAUCUUCCACCAUGAAUCCCACAGAAACCAAGGCAAUUCCAAUCAGCCAACAGAUGGAAGGACCACAUCCUCCUAACAAGAAAAGACACAAAAAACAGGCUGUGAAAACAGACCCUGCAGAACCUGAGAAGUCACCAUCAACUAAGACGUCUGUGGUUCAUGAGAAAAAACCCCAAGAAGGAAAGCCAAAGGAGCAUACGGAGCCAAAAAGUCUACCCAAGCAUGCAUCAGAUAAAGGAGGCAAGCAUGCUCACAGUGAAAAAGCAGUUUCCAAAUCAAAUGAGCAGCUGACAUCAGAAAAAUCAACAGAACCAAAGACCAAAUCACAAGACACUGUUUCUGCUGGUGGAGAGAGUGCUAUUGCUGGUGUAGCUGCAACAACUAUCAAACCAGAUGACAAGAAAAAAGAAAAGAAAUUAUUAACAGCAACUGUAGCAGCUGAAUCCAAACCAGAAAAGAUAUCUGAAAAGUCAGGCAUGGAUGCUGCUUUGGAUGACUUAAUAGACACUUUAGGAGAACCAGAAGAAACUAAUGAUGACAAUACAACAUACACUGGACCAGAAGUUUUGGAUCAAAUGACUUCUAGGUAUAUUGAGGAGUUGGGUAAAAGAGAAAUCACAAUUCCUCCAAAAUACAGGGAACUUUUGGCUAAAAAAGAAGGGAUCACAGGGCCUCCUCCAGACUCUUUGAAACCUAUGGGGCCUGAUGAUGCCAUAGACGCCUUGUCUUCUGACUUUACCUGUUCUCCUACAGCUGAUGAAAAGAAAACUGAGAAAGAGAAAUCUGCAGGAGAUGUUUUAAAAGCUCAAUCAGUGGGGGUAAUCAGAAGUGCUGUUCCACCUAAGGAGAAGAAAAGAAAGUUGGAGGAGGAUGCCAUGAGCGAUCAAGCAUUUGAGGCUCUGUCAGCUUCACUGGGCACCCGGAAGCCAGAACCCGAACUCGACCUUAGCACCAUUAAGGAAAUUAAUGAGGCAAAAGCUAAAGAAGAAAAACAAGAGAAGUGUGGUGAGGAUGACGAAACAGUCCCAACUGGAUACAGAUUAAAGCCAGUCACGGAUAAAGAUGGAAAACUACUAUUGCCAGAGCUUGAAGAAAAACUCAAGCCCCUCAGUGAAUCAGAACUCAUUGCUGAACUUUCAGAAGAUUUUGGCCGGUCUAAAUCUAAAGAAAAACAAUCAAAGCCAACUGAGAAAACAGAAAAAGAUAAGGUUGCUGCCCCCACCACUGUGGCAGAGACUGUGUCUCGAACCUCUAUGUGCAGUAUACAGUCAGCACCACCCAAGCCAGCUUCCGUGAAAAGCAUGGUGCCAGAUGAUGCUGUAGAAGCCUUAGCUGGUAGCCUGGGGAAAAGGGAAGCAGAUCCAGAAGGUGGAAAACCUGUAGUAGAUAAAGUCAAGGAGAAAGCCAAAGAAGAAGAUCGUGAAAAACUUGGUGAAAAAGAAGAAACUAUUCCUCCUGAUUAUAGGUUAGAGGAGGUCAAGGAUAAAGAUGGAAAACCACUCCUGGCUAAAGAGCCCAAGGAACAGCUUCCGCCCAUGAGCGACGAGUUCCUUCUCAAUGCUUUGUCUGAGGACUUCGCUGGUAACCGGGACAUUUCCUCUCUUGAAUUUGCAGAUGAUAAACUUUCUGCUGUCAUCUCAGAAGUGGUUUCCCAAACCCCAGCUUCAGCCACCCACCCUGCAAAGCCCCCACCUGACAAUUUGAGAGACAAAGAGCUUGACGAUGCCUUGGAUAAACUUUCUGAUAGUCUCGGGCAAAGACAGCCUGACCCAGAUGAGAACAAACCAAUGGAAGAUAAAGUGAAGGAAAGAACUAAAGCUGAACACAGAGACAAGCUGGGGGAAAGAGAUGACACUAUCCCACCUGAAUACAGACACCUCCUGGACGAUGAUGGGCAGGAUAAGAAGGAGGCUUCCAGUUCCAAAUCAUCCCAAAAUGGAGGUGAAGCGAAGGAUUCAGAAAAGACAAUGGAGGAAGCUUCCAAGCCAAAAACUGAUGAAAGAAAAACAAGUUAAAGUUUACACUGUUUGGUAAGGUAUCUACAUAUAAAAAUCUUCAGCUGGUGGAUGGUGACUUUUGAAGAAUAAAGACUUUGGCAACAGAACAUUCUUCUGGGUGGCUUCUAGAUAGUGGUAUCUGUUAAGUCGUUUGACAUUCUAAACAGUGUUUGUUAUUCUUUUCCAGAAAGAAAAUGAAUUUGUCUGAUUCACCUGUGUUAUUGUACUGAGUGUUGAUGAACUUUUAAUUUUUUUUAAAUUGCCUUCAGUUGGGAGAGAAAGGAAGCUUUAUAUUUGUAAGAAAUAUAUUUGAUAAAAUUUCUUAAAUACCCCCCCAAAGAAAAAUAGAAAGAAAAAUCUUGCAUACUUUGCACAUUCUAACACAGUGCCUGUAAAUCUCAUUAGCAUUUUCAGUUUGCACUUAUUAUUAUAUUUUUUUAGCAUUUGGAAAACAAAGCUUUAAACAAACAUUUAUCAAUGUUCUGAUUUCUUAUUUACCUCUUUUCUCUUGGGCUUCAGAACUGUGUUUGAUGUUUCUUUGGGUUAAUGUUUGUAGGUCAAACAUAAAAUAUUGUACAUUGGGCACAUAUCUCCUCUUGGGCUGCUAAUAAUAAAUGAAUACUAUGUAACCUGGACAAACCAGGAAGCACCAA